CUUUUGAGGGCGUAAUAAAAACAAAAACAACACAUGCAGUAUGUUAGCCAGCUGAACUUUGAUAGCUUUCAAACUAAAUUACAUUCCCGAAUUCAGAAACAACGCUCGGUACUGUAAUAAUGUCGGUUUUGCUGUCUAUUCUGGCAGUAGGGAUUGCGUUGUAUUUGAUACUUUAUUACAAUGUGAUCAGAGGAUCAAGAUGCACGAGCUCUGUGACACUUAAAGGAAAGACUGCUAUUGUAACAGGGAGCAACACUGGUAUUGGAAAGGCUACUGCUUUGGAUUUGGCCAAGAGAGGUGCCAGGGUCAUCCUUGCCUGCCGCAGCAAACAGAAAGCUGAGGCUGCUGUCUAUGAUAUCAGAAGGGAGAGUGGGAGCAAUGAGGUGGUGUUCAUGCAGCUGGAUCUGGGGAGUCUGAAGUCUGUUCGCUCCUUUGCCGAAACUUUCCUGAAGACUGAACUCCGACUGGACCUACUCAUCAACAAUGCAGGAAUGCUGGGGCCUGGCUACACUGAGGAUGGGUUCGGCAUGGUGUUUGGGGUCAACCACUUAGGCCACUUCCUGUUGACCUGCUUGCUGCUGGACCGGCUGAAGGAGUGUGGUCCGAGUCGUGUUGUCAACGUGUCGGCUCUCCUACACCGGCUAGGCUUUGUCGACUUUGCCCUGCUGGGUACCCACAAGGACCUGGUGCCAGGCCAGUCCACCUGGCAUAACUUCAGGGCCUACUGCCACAGCAAGCUGUGCAACGUGCUCUUCACCCGGGAGCUGGCCAACCGCCUGGAGGGGACCAGCGUUACCACCUACAGCCUCCACCCAGGGGUCAUUCACACUGAGUUUGGUCGCAACCUGAAACUAUGGCAGAGGCUCUUUCUGGAGCCCAUCUCUAAGCUUUUCUUCAUGGAUGCUGAGAGGGGAGCCCAGACCACCCUACACUGUGCCCUCCAAGAGGGGAUCGAGCCGCUGAGUGGACGCUACUUCUCUUCCUGUGCACUACAGGAAGUAGGCGCCAAGGGGCGGGACGAUGCUUUGGCUAGGAAGCUGUGGGAGGUGAGUGAGAGGCUAUCCAACCUAUCCUGAGAGACUCUGAUUCUAGCCAUGGCAAAAAUAUACUGACAAGAUAUUGAACUCUCCACUCUAACAAUGUUAAUCAAUGUACGUGAAAGACUCUCGCUCUCGCUCUCUCUCUCUCUUUCUCUCUCUCUCUCUCUGACUAAUGCCUUGUUAUCAUCAAUGAUGCCUUGUAACUUAUGAUUUUGCUUUGUAUAUUGGAAUUAAUUUCUUUCUCAAUGUUAUUAAAUACUUACGUUCAGUUUC